AUGGUCCAUGCGCUCGGCCGGAGCGGCGCUCUCGCCUACAAGUAUCUCGAAGAGCUCUACAAGAAGAAGCAGUCUGAUGUCAUGCGCUUCCUGCUCCGCGUCCGCGUCUGGGAGUACAGACAGCUGAACGUCAUCCACCGCGCUUCUCGCCCCUCCCGCCCCGACAAGGCUCGCCGCCUCGGCUACAAGGCCAAGCAGGGCUACGUCAUCUACCGUGUCCGUGUCCGCCGUGGUGGCCGCAAGCGCCCUGUUGCCAAGGGUAUUGUCUACGGCAAGCCCAAGUCUCAGGGUGUUACUGAGCUCAAGUACCAGCGUGCUCUCCGCAACACCGCUGAGGGCCGUGUUGCCAACCGCUGCCCCAACCUGCGUGUCCUCAACUCGUACUGGGUCAACACCGACUCUGUCUACAAGUACUUCGAGGUCAUUCUCGUUGACCCCCAGCACAAGGCCAUCCGCCGCGAUCCCCGCAUCAACUGGAUCGUCGACCCCGUCCACAAGCGCCGCGAGGCCCGUGGUCUCACCGCCAUUGGCAAGAAGUCCCGUGGCAUUGGCAAGGGUCACCUCCACAACAAGACCCAGGGCGGUGGUCGCUACGCCAACUGGCUCCGCCGCAACACCCUCUCCCUCCGCCGCUACCGUUAA